UCUUUGGUUUUCAGCGCGCGUCAGUCAUCUAGCUGUGUAGAUUACCAAUACGUAUGUCCAAAGCGUUUCCUGAAUAAAUUGCGAGAUUGAAUUCUUAGUCCUGUGGAAGUACAGCGACACAAAACAUAAAAAAUGUUAAAGGAUUUGGUCAGAGAGCGACUAAUUGCAGUGGCCGACGAAAUAUUCGAGCUAUUUGGAAAUACGAUAGUGUCGUACGAGGAGCAACUCAGCCACGCGAAAGUGGAGAUUGAACGACAAAGACGACAACUGGAAGCUGUUUGCAAAACUCAAAUUGUCGUACGCGUCGAAGACGUCCAGCAGCUAAUCGAUCGACCGGAUCGACCGACACAAAUGGGGUGCUCCAAUCUGAAAGAAGAGGACCCUUCGCAACUCUCCUUUGUUAAAGAGGAAAAGAUGGAAGCUGAUGUUACAGAGGAAAAAGUGGAAGCUGAUGUUAAAGAGGAAAAGGUGCUGAUGGAUGACGGGCCACCUGAGUCGUCCAAGCUUCAUCAUGAGAGUCCAAGUGACACCCAUUGUGGAAGACCACCACCAGAACAUCUCUUAUCUCCACUCUCACACAGAGACGGCAUGGAAGAAUCCUCAAGUGUCAAAGACAAUAAACAUCUGAAAUGUUCUGCAAAGGAUAUACAUUAUGGAAACAAGGAAGCUUCACAAACAGAUUUCAAUAGACACAUAAGGAAAAGAGAAAAAGCAGUUCCCUGCUCAAUUUGCGGUAGAAAAUUUUCUCUGAAAAACUUGAAACGACACAUGAAAAAUCACACAGGCGAAAUGUCAGUUUCCUGCUCAGUUUGUGGUAUAAAAUUAUCUCAGAAAGAAAAUUUAAAACGACACAUGAGAAAACACACUGGCGAAAAACCCUAUGUUUGCUCCCUUUGCGGCAAAGCGUACUCAUGUGGCGAAAGCUUAGCAACACACAUGAUGACACACUUUAAAAAAAAACCUUAUCCUUGCACAAUUUGCAGCAGUGGCUUUGCAAAAAGCUGGAUUUUGGACAAACACAUGAAAAAUACACACGGGAGAAAGACCCUUUACUUGUGCCGUUUGCAGUAAAGGAUUCAUCAAGAAGUCAGAUAUGGUUCGACACAUGAGAAUACACACUGGAGAGAGACCUUAUAGUUGCUCAGUUUGCAGUAAAACAUUCACACAAAGGUCAAAGAUGAAUGAUCACAUGAAAGUGCACACAAAAGAAAAACCUUUCCCUUGAGGGAGUUGCGACGCAACGUUUGUUAGUAAUACACAUCUGCAAACACACAUGAGAAAACUACUUCACAUGUUCAGUUUGCAAUAAAACAUUCAUUGCGAAGUCAGACAUGGUUUGACAUGAACAAACACCGGAGAGAGACUAUAUAGUUGCUCAUUUUGCAGUCAAACACUUCAGAGAAAGUCAGAUUAUACUAGUGAGAGGAUGCAAAAGAGAACACUUUUUCUUGUGUGACAUAUUGAAAAAGAAAUCCCAUCUCGAAACUAUAAAACCCUAGAUGCUCAAUAUGUGGCUGCCAGCCCUCAGGGUUCAUAUGGAAUGGACGUCCAUCACAGUCAAAGUCAAGGAAAUGUAGUCAUUUUAGUAUCGUUUAUUUCUACUGUUCAAAUUUACAGUUUAAUAUUCAUCAGAGUAUGUGUUGUGGUAGUUAGCUUAUUGCAUGUUAAGUAUUUCAUAUUUAAAAUAAUUACUUGCGUUGAAUUUUUAGGGUCUUAUUUCUGCACUCUGUUCCAGAGCCCUUUUUCCCUUAAAGAAUGCUGUGCAAUCAGAUGCCACGUGUGUUAGAUGUGUUUUACACAUAAAUAAAUCUGCUUGCAAUGCAGCCAGUUUUUCAACCUCCACAUGUUUUUGUUACUAUGUGCGCGUGUGUACUCACAGGCUUGUUUUUAAAGCCAUGAAUCAACCUGCCCAAUCUGGCAACACUGCGUAUGUAUUAAAGAUGCACGAUAAUAUCGGUUACCGAUAAUUAUCGGCCGAUAAUGGCAAUUAUGACGUCACACCGAUAAUAGAGAUUUUUAAAAAUUAAACAGAUAAUGCAAUCCGAUAAUUUUAUACUUUCUUUAGCCUUCAAAUGUGUGCAACCGACACAGUUUUGUCGAAUUCUGGGCCGGCACCCCAGCCCCUCCUAAAGGUAUUUUUUGUCUAAUUAAGUAAUUAAUUUGUAAGCAUUAUGAAUAUUAAUAUACAAUGAUUUGAUUUUGGAAUUUACUAAUUGCUCAACUUUGAUGUGGAAAAAGUAGUGAUAAAUUGUAUUUUUGCACAGUAACAUUUCCUCUUUUUUAUAAUUUAAAUUUGUAUAUAUGUAUAUCUUUUCAAUAGAGUUAUCGGCUUGACAUUAUUGGUUAUCGGCUGGAAGGAGGAGGUGAUUAUUGGUUAUCGGUAUCGGUUGAAAAAUGCAUUAUCAUGCAUCACUAGUAUGUAUGAAUUUUUGUGUGCACUCAACUUAGACUUUUUAGCAGAGGUGGGUAGAUAAGCCAAACCUUUACUCAAGUAAGAGUAGCGUAACUUCAAAAUAUUACAAAAGUAAAAGUAGUCAUCCAAAAGAAGUAGUCAAGUACAAGUAAAAACGUACUCCGUGAAAAAAAAUACAGUACUUAAGUAAUAAGUAACUUUGUGACUAAGCUUACCGUGUGAUAUUUUUUAAACUGGUAUAUUUUUUUCCCAGUACAACAUAAUCUACAGUACUUGAACUGUUAAUAUUAUACAGUACUAUAAUCUAUAACAUGAUCAUAUUAUGGCCACAAAAAAAAAAGUAUUCAAACUAGAAAAAUGAAACAUUACUCGCCCAAAGAGCAAGCGUGCCCUUAGUGUAGAAAGAACACCCCCAUGAAUUUAAAAGUCUAUCAAUGUCAAAUCGCUGCCAAAUAAAAACUAGGAGAAAAAUUCAAACAAAUCUGCGCUUUCGAGUAAUGACGACUAUGUCAAAAAGUUUAAUUUUUACGGCGCUUUAAAGAUGCUACGUGAUUAACGGUCUUCACAAAUCUACCCAAGUAAAAGUAAAAAGUAUGGGGUGGUAAAAUUACCCUUAAAAGUACAUUAUUCUCAUAAACUUAAGUAAAUGCAACACAUUACUAGUACUACCCACAUCUGCAUAUGUGAAUGUUUUGUCACACAAUGAAAACAAAUAUUUGCAAAAAAAAUUAUUUGCAAUAAACUGAGCAACGUGUUUUUCUUCAUUGUGCAUUUAUUGGAGGUGUUAGUGAUCCAACAUGAGUCAUGAUAACAAACAAUCAGAAUUAAGUGAAUAUUAAUGCAUAUUUUUUACAUGACCAUGAAGGUCCCCCGCCCCAAAACUUUUUUGGGGAAU